CGCGGGCGGAAGGGGCGGGGCGAGCGAGCGAGGCAGGCCGGCGGGAGGGCGGGCGGCCCUGCAUGGCGGCGCUCGGGGCCGGGCCGCGCCUCUCGCUGUGACGGGCCCGCGGCGCGGGCAGGCUGUUCCACAAUGGAUGGGGGAGAUCGUACUGCCGACCUCGUGAUUAACAAGAGGUUUGUAUCUGAAGCGGAGCUAGAGGAGCGGCGAAAGAGAAGGCAAGAGGAAUGGGAAAAGGUCCGAAAACCUGAAGAUCCAGAAGAAUGCCCAGAGGAGGCAUAUGACCCACGUUCAUUGUAUGAAAGACUUCAGGAACAGAGAGAAAAGAAGCAGCAGGAGUUUGAGGAGCAGUUUAAAUUCAAAAAUAUGGUAAGAGGCUUAGAUGAAGAUGAGACAAAUUUCCUUGAUGAGGUUUCUCGGCAGCAAGAGCUAAUAGAAAAGCAACGAAGAGAAGAAGAGAUGAAAGAACUAAAUGAAUACAGAAGCACUCUCACCAAAGUGGGAGUCAGUAUGGACCCAAAGAAGGAAGCUGAGAAGAAAUUGCCCAUGAAGUCAGUGGAAAACAAGAACAAAUUCUCUCAGGCAAAGCUGUUGGCAGGAGCUGUGAAACACAGAAGUUCAGAUGGUGGGAAUAGCGUGAAGAGGUUGAAAUUAGAUACUGAUCAUGAAGAAAAGAAUCAAGAAAAACCGUCCUGUGUUCCCUUGGGGAGCAGCUCAGUGGGAGGCUCCACGGUCCACUGUCCCUCAGCAGCAGUCUGCAUUGGGAUCCUGCCUGGCCUGGGUGCAUACUCGGGCAGCAGCGAUUCGGAGUCCAGCUCGGAUAGCGAAGGCACUAUUAAUUCCACUGGAAAGAUCGUCUCUUCUGUCUUUCGUAGCAACAGUUUCUUUGAUGGCCCAUAACAAAAUCCCUCCAUGUGUAAUGUAGUGCAGAGUAUCUUCCAAAGCCGUGAUGGAUGCUUGAUGCAUCCUUCUGCCCCAGAUAUGAUAUUUCUAGCUAACCUCUCAGCUUUCUCAACAUUCAGAUACUUCUAAAAUAGCUCACUGAAUUUAUUUUUUGUUAUAUAUAUUUUUUUCUUCCCCAACUUUUCAUUUCUGGGGUUCAUACUGAGCCUGAGGUAGAAAGGCUGCCACCCUAAACCAGAAGGCACACCUAGUAAUGCAGUUAAGGUCUGGGAGUAGGGAGGAGAGCGCCUUAUCUUUUAAAAUUCUUACGGAAGGAAAGAAUUCUGAUGGUCUAAGAAGUUUAUACAAGACUAACAGGCAAAAAAAAAUACUCACUUGAAGCACCAAAGUCUUGUAGAAACGGCCAUGUGUUCUGUUCUUAAAAUGUCAUUUUUAUUCUGUAUUUGAGAAAUGGGGGCAGAACAAAAAUCAAGCAGAUGGUGAAGUGUAGAUUGCCAUGACACUGUAAAGAAGUUUUUGUGUUACAUGAUUAAAGACAUUCUGAAUGCA